CCUCGGGAGGAGGAAGUUUUACGAUGAAGCCCCGGGGUCUGGUUUCAACUCAGCUUCACCUCUGACAGCCGCAGGAGUCUGUUCUCCACGGAUCUCCAAUUUGUGUGACCAGAGAAUCAACGACCAUGUCUGUAACAAACGGCCACAGUGUGAGCAAAGACACAUGGGACGCUCACAACAAGAUGAUGCUGGAGCCUCUGGUCAUCAACGACUCUGAGGUGUUUUCCAUCAUAAAAAAAGAGAAGCACAGGCAGACGUACGGUCUGGAGCUGAUAGCGUCAGAGAACUUUGCCAGCAGAGCUGUUCUCGAGGCUCUGGGUUCCUGUAUGAACAACAAGUACUCGGAGGGAUAUCCUGGACAGAGGUACUAUGGUGGGACAGAGCAUGUUGAUGAGCUGGAGAGACUCUGUCAGAAAAGGGCGCUGGAGGUCUAUGGGCUGGACUCAGAGAAAUGGGGUGUCAACGUGCAGCCAUACUCAGGUUCGCCUGCUAACUUUGCCGUCUAUACGGCCGUUGUGGAGCCCCACGGCAGGAUCAUGGGACUGGACCUUCCUGAUGGAGGUCACUUGACACACGGCUUCAUGACUGAGAAGAAGAAAAUCUCAGCAACAUCCAUCUUCUUUGAGUCGAUGCCGUACAAGGUGAAUCCAGAGACCGGCUACAUUGACUAUGACAGACUGCAAGAAAAUGCACGACUGUUCCACCCCAAACUCAUCAUUGCAGGAACAAGCUGCUAUUCCCGCAACCUUGACUACGCCCGCUUGAAGCAGAUCGCUAACGAGAACGGUGCAUAUCUGAUGGGAGACAUGGCUCACAUCAGUGGUUUGGUGGCUGCUGACGUGGUGCCGACACCCUUUGAGUACUGUGACAUUGUUUCCACGACAACGCACAAGACGCUGCGUGGCUGCCGCGCUGGACUUAUCUUCUACAGGAAAGGUGUGCGGAGUGUGGACGCCAAGGGGAAAGAGACCAUGUACAACUUGGAGUCUUUGAUCAAUCAGGCUGUGUUUCCUGGGCUGCAGGGAGGACCACACAACCACGCUAUUGCAGGUGUUGCUGUAGCUCUCAAACAAGCCAUGACACCGGAGUUCAAGGCCUACCAGAUUCAGGUUCUUGCUAACUGCAAAGCUCUGUCCAGUGCCCUUAUUGACCACGACUACAAGAUCGUCACUGGCGGCUCUGACAACCAUCUGAUCCUGCUGGACCUGCGCAGCAAGGGAACUGACGGAGGACGAGCUGAGAAGGUUCUGGAAGCCUGUGCCAUUGCUUGCAAUAAGAACACCUGUCCAGGGGAUAAGAGUGCUUUGCGCCCUAGUGGUCUAAGGUUUGGCUCUCCAGCUCUGACCUCCAGAGGCUUGAUGGAGGAUGAUUUCAGGAAGGUGGCGGAGUUUAUUCACAGAGGUAUUCAGCUGGCCUUGGAGGUGCAGAGGAGCCUGGAUCCUAAGGCCACUCUGAAGGAGUUCAUUCAGGCACUGUCGCAGGGAGAGAAGUUCCAGCAGCGAGUGGCGGAGAUCAGGGCUGAGGUGGAGGCUUUCGCCGGCCAGUUCCCCAUGCCUGGCCUACCUGAGCUGUAAACAUUGAGGGCUGCUGGACGGAUGAUUACAACAAACAUUAUCAUGCCAAUUUUGAUGGUGUGUUGUUUCAUAUGUAUAUUUGAGCGUAUAACUGUUGAAUGUAUCACUCCUCAAAUCAAGACAGUUCUUAUGACUUCACAGCAGGCAUGGACACACACCUUAUACCACAGUUUGAAACAGACUUGUCUUAAUUAUUCAGUAUUGCUACAGUGCCUUUGCUGUUUUUAGGUGUUUAUUUUGUCUCCCACUGUAGCUCCAGUCUCGGUUACAUUUACAUUUAAGCUUUAAUCCUGUCAGAAAUCUCCAUUUCUUUUGUAUUACAUUUAAAAUUCCAAAGUUUUCUAGCAGAAAGUACUGCUAGCACAAAACAUGACUACUAGUUUCAUACACGAGCAUCCUAUGUCAUAAACUAGACAUGUACAAAAAAAUUUGAUGGAUUAUAAAACAACUUUUGUUACAUGUUAUUAAAUUAACAAUAAUGAAUGAAA